AUGAAGGGAAACACAGGUCUUCACCACCUAGCCAAGCGGUUGCAGAGCCACACUGGAAUGUUCGAACGCUUCCUAGACGCAGGCGUGGACAUCAACGCCAAAAACAAAAAAGGAAAUAGUCCACUCUUCAUCUACGUGAAGAAGGGCAUGGACAUCUCAGACUGGUAUACUCUUCAUUAUGGAGAAUUAUCUCACAAUGAUGAGAAUGGGUUCAAAGACUCUGUGCUUAAGAUGUUCCAGGAGAAAAAUGCAGACUUCCUCAUAUGCAAUGAGGAGGGGACUUCGUUGUUGCAUUUACUUGCUGCCAAGACCCUUGAUAAGUUUACUCUUGACGGUUCGGACUAUGCGUGUUAUCGGGUCGUACAGCUUUAUAAGUUCUUCAUGGAGCUUGGUUUGGACCCGAUGGCGGAGGAUAAGCGGCAGAGGACCAGCUUAGAUGUUGCUGCUGCUUCCGGUAAUGAGCAUAUAUUGAAGCUAUUUGAUCGCAAGCCAGUAGAGUGA